AAGGAACUUUAUUUUUUUUUUUCUUUUUUCUUUUGCUUCUAAGAUCAAAAUUUUGGCAAAGGCGCCGAAAUCCAAAAAUCUCACCCCACUAAGUGAACAUUGCGUAUACAACAACUUCUGUCUUUUUAAACCUCAACGUUAAAUAUUCCUUUCCGAACUUGAAAACUUUCAAGACUUUACAAAAAUCGCAUCAAUGAGUGAGAAGGGAGCUGGCCAACUUGGCGUUUCGCCGAGUGAUCGAUGCGCCAUUGGUAUUUCCUUUGGCAACUCGUACAGCUCUAUUGCCUGCACGAUCGAUGACAGUCCUGUUGUGAUUGCGAACGAAGAUGGAGACCGACAAAUCCCCACCAUCCUAUCAUAUGUCGAGGGUGAAGAGUACACCGGAAACCAGGCUAAAGCCAUGCUGGUUCGAAACCCGAACAACACAGUUAUAUCUUUCAAGGACUUCCUUGGCCAAGAAUUCAAGUCUAUCGACCCUACCCACUGUCACGCCGCAGCCCACCCCCAGGAUGUGAAUGGAACGGUUUCUUUCACAAUCCAAGAUAAGGUCGAGGGAGAGUCUCCCUCCACACUGUCGGUCAAGGAAAUCUCUACCCGAUACCUACGCCGUCUUCUACAAUCCGCCUCAGACUACUUGGGAAAGAAGGUUACAUCUGCCGUAAUAACAGUACCUACGAAUUUCACAGAGCCCCAGAGGGAAGCCCUGAUCCAGGCCGCGAACGAGGCCGAGCUUGAGGUCCUUCAACUAAUCAACGAGCCUAUCGCUUCAGUUCUUGCCUAUGACGCGAGGCCGGAGGCUAAGUUGGAAGAUAAGAUAAUUGUGGUGGCAGAUCUUGGUGGUACGCGCUCAGAUGUCGCUGUGGUAGCUUCGAGAGGUGGAUUGUACACAAUUCUCGCGACGGCUCACGACUAUGAGUUCGCUGGCGUGCACCUGGACAACGUCCUUAUGGACCAUUUUGCGAAGGAGUUCAUGAAGAAGAACCCCAACGUCGACCCCCGAGGAAAUGCCAAGAGCUUGGCGAAGCUUAAGGCUGAAUCCGAGGCUGCUAAGAAGGCUCUUAGCAUUGGUACCAACGCCAGCUUCAGUGUCGAAAGCUUGGCGGAUGGUAUUGACUUCCAAACUACUAUCAACAGAUUGAGAUACGAGACGAUUGCUCGUAAGGUGUUUGAGGGCUUCAACCGUCUCGUUGAAGGUGUUAUAAAGAAGGCCGGAUUGGACGUCCUCGAUAUCGACGAGGUCAUUCUGUCUGGCGGUACAUCCCACACUCCUCGAAUCGCAAACAACUUCCGCGCGAUAUUCCCGGAGACCACUACUAUCCAGGCCCCUGCUACAAGCGCAACAGCUGUCAACCCUUCGGAGCUCCAAGCUCGUGGUGCCGCCCUCCAGGCCUCUCUGAUCCAGGAAUACGAGUCGGACGACAUUGAGCAAUCGACGCAUCCUGCUGUUACAACAGUCAAGCACAUUACUAAUGCCAUUGGUGUUAUCUCGUUAUCCGACGACGGUGAGGAGGUCUUCACGCCCAUCAUCGCGCCCGAGACCGCAGUCCCGGCUCGCCGAACAGUCCACAUCGCAGCCCCUGAAAACGGAGGCGACGUUCUGGUAAAGAUUACCGAAGGCGGCACUCACAUAAAGGUGACGAAGCCGGAGCCGAAAUCGAAGGAGAACGGCAGCAAGGAGGAAGGAGACGAUGAGGAUGAGGAGGAUAGCGACUUCGACUCCGAGGAGGAGGAAGAGGAGCACAGAGAAAAGGUCUGGAAGAUCGGCACCACCCUCGCCGAGGCCGCCGUCCGCGACGUCAAGAAGGGAGGCAAGGUCGAGGUCACGAUCAAUGUGGGCGGCGACCUCGCGGUCACUAUCACGACGAGAGCGGUCGGUGGUAAGGGCGGCGUUAGGGGAACUCUGCCGGCCCCGUGAAAAUAGACCACCUAUCUUAUCUUACCUGUAUAAGGUACCUACCUGAUAGGUAAAUGUUACUUAGUGCUAUUCGCUUAUAUUAGGCGUCGGUCUAGUAGUAUAAAAGAGAAGGAGAGGGGAGGGGAUCGCGACACUCGGUAGGCCACAUUUAGGACGAAAAAAAAAACGCAU